UUGAUAUGGUUUGGGUAGCUGUGUCCCUUAGACUUCAAAGACGUUCGAGUCAACCGAGAAUAUUUUAACUCGAUUUCAGUCAAUCAAGGACUGUUCAGUCACCCAUUAGUCUCUGACCAUGGCUUCUGCCGAGGAACAAAGUUCCACCAUAGACGCCAAAGUCAUGGUCCGGCUACAACCCGCGGGCGAUGCCCCCAUCAUGCAACAGAGGAACUACAAAGUGGACGGGGACAAGAAGAUCGAAUGGAUCUUGGCUUUUGUCCGGAAAGCCUUGAAAUUGGACGAAACUGAGCAUUUGUUCUUGUACGUGAACCAAGCAUUUUCCCCGUCGCCAGAUCAGACCGUGAGACACUUGUACGAUUGCUUUGGUGGCGAGGGCAAGCUCGUGCUCAAUUACGCCAAAACGCCCAUGUGGGGAUGAUGCAAAAGGCCACGACGUCUUUCGAGUCAUACGCCUUGGCCUUUCAAGGCUCAUGUUGAUUUUAUUUUCUUUCUCUCUUCGUCGAUUGAAAAAUCAGGAAUAUAUCACGAUUAGGUAUUAGAUCAGAUUA